AUGUCUUCAAGAUACUUAUUAAGAGAAUCUUUGUUGAAUAAAGCAAAUGUUCAGUUUAAUUAUAAAACUCAUUAUAUGGAUAUGCCUUUAGAUCAUUUCACCAAUAAUUCUAUGACAUUCAAAAACAGAUAUUGGCUCAAUACUGACUAUUAUAAAUCAAAUGGCCCUAUUAUAUUGUAUAAUGGAGGUGAAGAUGAAGUAGAUAAUGUAUCUUAUGUACUAUUGAAUUCAACCAUGUCUCAAUUAACUCAAAGGUUAAAUGGUAUACUGAUUUAUAUGGAACAUCGAUUCUAUGGUCUAUCUAAGCCCACCGUAGCAAACUUUGAUUAUACUGCUGAUGAAGCAUCAAAGUUAACCUCUAGUCAAGCUCUAGCUGACAUGGCUUAUUUAUUAAAGAAUAUCAAGUUCCUUGACCGUCUUCAUGUACCACCUGUGCCAAAAACAAAAGUAAUUUUAUAUGGAUGUAGUUAUAGUGGUAAUUUAGCAGCUUGGAUGAGAGAAAAAUACCCAAAUCUUGUCUUUGCUGCUGUAGCUUCUUCUGCUCCUGUACAAGCACAAUAUAAUUUUUAUGAAUAUUUUAAUCCUAUUAUUCGUUAUGGUCCUUCUUAUUGUAUUCAAUCCCUUCAAAAUGCAAUUAAAUAUAUUGAUAAAAUCCUAUUUGGUAAAUCCCUUGAACAAAUACAAGAAUUGAAAAAGACGUUUGGUGUUGAAGAUCUUUAUGACGAUGAUUUUGCUAAUUGUAAUACAUAA